UCGUUUUAACAACACUAUUUCAGUUCCCCAACUCUUUCCAGCCUCCGUCGUCGAAGCUAUACUUGACUGAACUAUCUCUCUCGUGCAAAGCUCUGGCUUGUUUUGGUCAAGUGGAGCAAUCCCUCCACCUACAGGGGUCGCGCGACAACUGCAGAAUUAGCAAAGCCGUGUCAGUGUCACGAGAUUUAUCUGGAUAGAGAGCUCACCCACCGGGCCGCAGAGUUCAGCAGUGGCUACAGGUAACAUUAGCAAUGAUUGGUGCCAUGAAUUUCAAAAACUGCGGCUCUGUGCUUGUAACGGGAGCCAGCCGAGGGCUCGGGCUGCAAAUCGUCGACAGCCUGGCGAGCGGAGGUUUCUCACCCGGCAAGAUUAUAGCCACGACCAGACAGCCCGCGAGCGCGCAGAAACUUCAAGAACUGGCAGAGAAACAUCCCAACAUCUACGUAAUCACUUUGGAUGUAGUGAACCAGGAGAGUAUAGAGAAGUCUGUAGAAGAGGUGGGCCAGCUGGUACAAGAAGAGGGUCUGAACUGCCUGAUCAACAAUGCAGGGAUCAAUGUGGUGGCCGACUUUCAUACCGUUACUGCCGAGAAGAUGUUAGAAAACUUCCACACUAAUGCUGUGGCUCCUCUGAUGAUCACCAAGGCCUUCCUGCCUCUGUUGAAGCGAGCUGCGUCCAGAGGAGGUGCAGGUGGUGCAGGGGUCAUGGGCAUCCAGAGGGCAGCAGUCAUCAACAUGAGCUCUCUGCUGGGCUCUGUGGAGCUCAACUGGGGGGAACGGGCCAACAACUUCAGAUGGUACCCCUACAGGACGUCCAAGACUGCCCUAAACAUGGUGAGUCGUUGUAUGGCUUUAGACCUGGAGCCUGAUGGGAUUCUCUGUAUGGCUAUACACCCUGGCUGGGUCCGCACUGACAUGGGGGGGUCUGAGGCCCCACUGAGUCCAGAGGAGAGCAUUUCUUCCAUCUUGUCUGUGAUUGGUGGACUGACUGAAAAGGAUCAUGGGUCAUUUCUGAACUUUACAGGAGAGAUUUUGCCUUGGUGACCGUGAUCAUCACAGUAAUGAGUAGGAUGAUUAUUAGAACAACAAACUGAUCCUAAUGGUUAUUGAGUCUAUCAUCAACUUCAGCUAUGCAAAGAUGAAUGUGUCAAUGACUCAGAGUGCAGAGUGUUAAAUCUUAAUUGAGCUCUACCUUUUAGUAUAAAAUCAUGCAUAUUUCACCUAAAUACAACUUCAUUAUAGGACAGCAACAACAUUCAGUUUCUUAUAAGGAGAUCUCCUUACAGUGUUCAUAAGUACUGUAUAUGGGCAGGGUAUGCUGUGUGAUGUAGCUUCUCUUGCAGCCUUACACAUUACGUUACAAAAGAUUAACUAAGCUGUGUUCAAAUGCAAACAUAAAAUGUUGCUGAUCUGAUAACACAUCAAACUCACUGUCCCAGACAAACAGACAGGACUUGGUUGAGAAAGUUGUAACAGAAAACCUUCUCAGAGAUGUGCUUUGGUUGACCUAAAUCUAUGUAUACGUUUGAGCAGAACUUUGGUCAGGUUUUCACUUACAUUGCCAAGCUGGAGUGUCAUGGCCACACAGUUGCUAUGCUGAAGGGUAAUUUCACUCAGGAUUCUCCUGUAUUUAAACAUAUGCCAACACUUUACUUUUAAGUCCUCCUAUUUAGCAUUCAUAUAAACAUUGAAUAAAUGGUUUAUAACACAAUAUAAUGUAGUUGUAAGCAGAUAUAGAUAUUUAUUCAUGUAUUUUCCAACAACUAUAACUCCUCCUGUGGGCAUCCAGAAGUGGAUGCUGGUGUAUAAACAGAUAAUAAAUGACAAUAUAGGAAACACAAUUGUAAUUAUAUGAAAUGUGUCUUCAUAGGAGAAGUUAUAAUUGUUGACAAAUACUGUACUUUAAUGAAGCUGUCUCCUUAUAGCUGCACACAACUACAUUAUUGUGUAUUAUUAAAUGUUUGUAUACUGCUUCUAAAGGCUAAGUGGGGUGUUGUGUGUUUGAAAAAGUUCCUGUUUUUUUAGAAGUUUCAAAGACAUUGCUAAAAAGCAAAUAUCAAUCAAACACUCAAAAGCUACUUUAAAGGUAUAAACUGAUGAAUGAUGAGCCAUUCAUGAGAUGAAUAUUUGGCCACUAAACUCUCUAAAUAUUGAAAUUUGCUAAAUUUACUGAUUGCUUUACCAGUCAGUAGAUUAUGUGGUUUACAUUUGUGUGCAAGGAAGCGCAGAAGUUCUGAAUUGUGUGGUUUCUGCAGUUUACAGUACAACGUUACAAAAUAGUAUAAUCUAUAUAGGCUACUGUAUUCAAAUACACUACUUUAUGCUGCUGUUUAUAUCAGUAAAUAUGGAAAUGUUACUUUUUUCUGAGAUUGUUACUUUUUAGAGCAUUUAAUUUGACCAUCAUUGUUGUAAAACAGUAAUAAAAGUUUGAGUAUC